AUUAGACACCAAAGAGAAUAUAACUCUACGUUAGACGGGCCCCGCAAAUUUAUCGCAUAAAAAGGAAUAAAUACAAAUUCUCACUGAAUGUACAUGCCGUCAUUCUGCCCCUAUCUCCGGGACAAAAGAUCAAUAGCAACAUUGAUGUCACCACAUGUCACAAAACGCAAUUUGAGAUUGAAUUUUGAGUUUACGUAUAGUAUAGUAUUUAAAAGUUUCCUAACCAAAAAAGUUUUAUCAAAUACAUCGAAAUGAAUACAGACGUUAUUAAAGUCGGAGAUUAUAUAGUUAUUCAAAAACAGAAUUAUAAAAAACUACAUAAAUACAAUAAACCAAAUUCCUCAGUAACUGUAGGGCGGGAUAACAUAAAUUUAACUGGUAUAGAAAAUUGUAAAUACUUUUCUUAUUUUAAAAUGAUAAGUAAAGGUAACAAGAAAUCCAGAGAAUAUAGCGUGGAGUUAACUAACGAAAUAGUUAGUAUGAGGGAUGAGAUAGACAUAAAAACGUGUGGUAAUGACAACAGAAACAUAGUGGAUGAUGGUCGGUCUCAAAAGUUAUCGGCCGCCGAUAUAGAAGUGCUGAAAAACGAUGCCAACAGAGCUUCGGAUAUAGUAGAAACAUUAAUUACUAAUUCAAAAUCCUUCCACAAUAAAACAGAGUUCUCUCAAGAAAAGUAUUUAAAGAAGAAAGAAAAGAAGUACUUCGAGUAUUUGCAAAUUUUGAAGCCUAACUUAAGAACUAUUGCGGAAAUUAUGUACAGGUUAGAGCCUAAUAAAAUUCAAUGUUUGCGUAUAGACACUUUGUCGCAAAUAGUAACAGCAAUAAACAUCCAUUGUAAUGGAAAUCAUUUAUUAUAUGACUCAGGUUCUAAUGGUCUGUUGGCUGCUGCAUUGCUCAGUAGUAUAGGUCAAGGCACUGAAGGUAAACUAGUUCAUAUGCAUCCCGGCAAUAUGUCACAGAAACAGGCAUUAUUGGCAAUGAACUUUGUGGAGGAGCAAUACAACAGAUGCAUAUCUGUUAAUGUUUAUUCUGCUCUACGUCAAUUCUAUCAGGGAUGUGAUACAAAUGAAAAUGAAUUGAGUAGUGCAACAGAAAUCAAUCUUAAGAGAAAAAACACUGAUAGUAUUGAACAUGUGAGUAAAGUAGCCAAAUGUGAUGAAACACAGGAGUCACCACAAUCAGUAGAUAAGGACAGCAUAGGUGGCAUAGAAAACAAUCAAAAUAAGAAGCCAAAAUGGCAUUAUGAUAAUAUUACAGCAUCAAAUAUACUGAGCAAUGGUAUGGACUCACUAGUGAUUGCGUGUAAAGAAGAUCCAAAAAAUAUCUUUGAUGAAUUAUCAAAGUUUGUUAAACCUGGUAGACCUUUUGCUAUAUAUUACACUGUAGCAGAACCUUUACAACAAUUGUACAUGCAUCUUAAAGCACAGUGCAAUGUGGCAGCACUAAAGCUUACUUGUAACUGGAUGCGAAACUACCAGGUUUUGCCGGAAAGAACCCAUCCUGAGGUAAUGAUGAAUGGUGCAAGUGGCUUUUUAUUAUCUGGCUAUAUAUUGAAAUAACAUGCAGUAUGGGCACAAUGAUAUAUUGCCCAGAUUAGAUUUAGGAUUCAAUUUCUAAAAAAUAAAACAAAUUAUUAUAUUUUAUACAAAUUUA